CCUUGGUCCAGAGAAGUGCGCGUGUCCCCCGGCCGCCUCCCGUCCCUUCUCUGCUCCUUCCUUAUCUCGCGGCGCAGGAUUGAUAGCACGCGACAUAGUCCCAGUCCUGCACACUAGCCGCUUCCUCCGUCCCGUCGCUCCAAGCGUAACUCAUUUUUAGCACCUGCCAGGUCAACUUUGCUCAAUUUCAAGACAAUGACGACCCGAGUUGCUACCACGAUCGAGAACUUCCAUGCGGAACCGAAUUUUUUCCGAACUGUGCCGCUCGUCGAACCCUCCAAGGACUACCACCAACGUUGGGCUGGCAAUUCGAUGAUGCACUAAAUUAUUUGAGUGCUGGGCUGGACGAGGCGCCCCAGUAUGAUAAAAAUGCCUCGAAUUGGAAGACACGGAAUCGGGAAGAGGAACAAGAAGACACUGCGAACGUCGACGACUUGAGUGCGUUGUUCUCGAUUAUUGAACAAGAACAAACGACCAACGACGCGUGUGUGGUGAACGAAGUGAGUGAAUGGUUUAAGAAUUGUGAAGACUUUGAAGUGAUCGAUGCGGACGACGACGACGACGACGCGGUUGUGGUUGAUGGCAUCACGGAGAUGUUUGACAUGUUGGAAGGCAGUGACGACUUUGUCCUGGAACAAGAGAUUGAAGCCUCAGCGGAUGCCGCUGGACUUGUUGAUGAAAUUGCGGACCUCUUUGACUCGUUGAAUGAAGCCGCCGCGACAGCGGAUGUUCAAGCUGUGGACGAAGUUGCGUUGAUGUUCGAUUCUUUUGUUCAAGAUGCGAAGGAUGCCGAGGAUGCCGCUGCCGUCGACAUGCUGUCAAGUGUGUUUGAGAAAGCAGUGUCUGCUGUGAAGGCUGCGUCCGUCCUCGACUGUCGGGUCCAGAAGCCUCCUAUUGGGUUGACGAUUGACAGUCGCAUUCCACAACUGAGUCGAUUGCCCACAUAUACAAGUUAUCGCCCCCCUUUGGUCGGGAGCUUUGUGUGCGGGCCACCCAUCGCCGUGAAGCACCUCUCACGCGAGGACCGAGUGGGUCGAUGGAAAGAGAAGAAGCGGAAUCGCGGUGCGACCUCCAAAGUCGUGUUUGAAUCGAGACAGCAAGUUGCAGCCAAACGAAGGCGAAUCAACGGACGCUUUGCUGGGGUCGAAACGCAAUUUGUCCCUGUCACGGCGUUUCAAGCGUCAACCCUUGAAUAGACCAGCAUCUGUCUUCUGUCGGAAACUUGAAUCUCCACUGGCCGCUACGUCCAAAUGGACACGCAUGGUGCGAAUCGCGAUGUUUGCCGCGGAAUUGCCCGCGUAUCGAGUCGUCGCGGCGGCCCAGCCUCUCUCGACCACUCAUCCCUUGGUCCAUGCAAUUGUUGGCUUGCUCGGAGACCGAGUUUUGCAGAGGUCGACAGUCUUCAAGCUGCACCAUAGCGAGCUUCUUGGCCGGCGAUGCUGGUCGAACAACGGCUUGCAUGUGUACAAGUGUACUCAACUGGACCGGCCAAAUGUGUGUCGGAACAAUGGCGGCACCCGAGGCAACGCUGCGUCUCUUCCAGCGUUGCGCGGGCCAUGUCACGAUGGAAGCGCGGGCGAAGACAAUCUGAAAGGGUGACGUUGAUGAUCUAAUUGGACGAGACUAAGCUGAACGAAUCUAUCCGCGGGCGCUGCAUGUACGACUCGUACUCGCUCACGCAAUGCGAGAUGGAAAACUUGCGCUUGGACCGGUACACAACAACGUCGUCCUUGGGCGAGAGCGACGGAAGGUCGUGGGGUGGUGGCGGCGAUCGCGACGCUUCUAUCGCGGCACUGUCAUCGCUCGACACUGUGACGUGGGUUUGGUGGAAGAACCCGAGUAGGAGGCUCGCGGCGUCGUGAGUGUGGUCGCGCCGCGCAACAUCGGAUGCAGCAGGGACAUCAACAUUUGGAGACGGCACGGUUUUCUUGGACCGCUUGAGCUGCUUGUCGGGAGUCAUGCUCCGCUUCGUGCUCAUGCAGUACAUGGGCAUUUCUUCAAUCCGGUCCAGGAAGGCUUUCUCGAGCACUUCGAGUUCCUUGAGCGCGUCUUGAAUGCGUUGAUCGACGAGCGGGGACGGCGGCAUGGGGCGGAAGAUCUGUUUCCCGAUGCAUUCGUCGCCAGUAAACUUUUUCGUGAUGCGCAUGGGUUCGCAGUUGAGUUUUUCCGCGAGGUACAUGCGCAGCAUCGUUCCUUUCUCAAGGGGAAGCAGUCCUUCCUUGAAAUAGUACGCCAUUUGCUCGGCAAACUUGGAUUCUUCGUCGGUCCACUUGCCUUUGCGAAACCCUGGACGCGCCUUGCUGCGUGUGUCUUUCUCCUUGACGCGUGACAACCCGCCGCCCGCGGUUUUCUUGAGUCCGUAUCGUUGCUGCGACGGCGGGAGCAUCGAAUAGAGCGACCCGAUGUCGGGGUUGGUCGGCAGUGCCGUCGUGUGCUUUUUCGUCUUUAGCGCAAAGAGCGGUGUGCCGUCCUGUGCCUUCAUGAUGGGUACGGUCACUCGCAGGGCGGGCAGUGGGGCCGACGGCCGCGGCAGCGUCGCACUCGUCAUGUAACUCAUGGCGGCGUCGUCGUCG